GAAAGUGAAAGAAACCCAUGCACCCUGAUUGACAACUACAAACAAAAAUCACAAAAUCAUUGUUAUCUGCCCAAAUACAGCAUUCAUCGAUAUAUAUGACCACAAAGAUACUGAAGGCAGGUCCCAGCCAUUCCCCCAAGGAUGGGUUUCAGAAAGCCCCCAAAAUGUCACACUAUUAUGAAAUGGACAUAGUGAAUUGAAACCCUCAUUCCAUCUGUUUUAUGAACUUAAUGUAGAUAUUUCUGAUUAUUGUUUUCAGGUAUUGUUGUCCAUGUCUUCACCAUUUUCCAGAGAUCUACAUUUCUGUCAAGUGAGAAAGAGAUCUUACACCAUGGAUGGAUUCUGCCUUCUCUACCUACUCCUGAUCUGCUUGAUGAGAUCUGGUGACGUUGAAACCAAUCCAGGUCCUAACACUGCAGAAAGUACCGUCAGUGAAAUGGAGUUCCUGAAGCUGGCCCAGGAUAUCGAUCCAUCUUACUACUACAACGUAGGGAUAUCUCUAGGGUUCUCCCAUGCUGAGCUAAAGGCAAACCUGAUAGAGAAUUCAAAGAACUUCAAAAAUGCCUUCAUGGAUGUCUUUAUGAAAUGGAAUGUCAAGCAGCAACCUCCACACUCAGACAAAAGACAGCUUUUGGCAGACAAACUACGAGAGGUUGACUUGGGUGGCCUAUCAGACGGAUUAGUCAAUGGACCUCCAAUUCCAAACAGCACAGGAGGGCCACCAAGACUGCUCGAAUCACAGACCAAACCUCCUUUAGCUGAAUCUCAGACCAAACCACUUUCUCCUGAACUGGUUGAGCGGUGUGCAAAUGAUUUCAAGUUCAAGUACAGGUCAACUGUCUGUAAGAUCAGAGCUGAUCCUCUCAAUCCUGCUUCCACUGUGCAGCUUAAAGACAUGUAUACUAAUCUCGUCCUACUAGAAGAACAUGGUACAGUGAAGCGAUUGCUAGAUUACAAUGAUAUCCUUGAUCUCAAAGUCAAUGGAGAGUUCCCCAAGCGGAUCAUGGUUCAGGGAGAGGCAGGGGCUGGGAAAACUACAUUCUGUGCUAAGAUUGCUUGGGACUGGAUUGAAGGAAGGCAUUUCAGUCACUUUGUGUGGGUCUUGAUUGUUCCUCUACGUGAAUUUAAGCAACACACCAUUGGCCAGAUUGCAAAGUCUUAUCUGGCCAAAAACAAUCCAGCAACAGUUUCUCAGAUCACUGAGUAUAUCUGGUCAAACCCUGACAAGGUAUUCAUCGCAUUCGAUGGUCUCUAGACGAAGUCAGUGGCAAAAUCAUGAAGACAGAAUCUUGCGAAUCACAGCCUACUGAUCAAAUGCAACUUCAGCCAUCACAGCCAAGUGUCACCUCCUCAGAGGCAUGUGGAAGCUCAUCUGAGACUGGUGAUAUUGGACUUGUAGAUAUUCUUCGUUCAGAUCAACUUGCCUCUUGCCCAAUCUUGGUGACCACUCGCCCAUGGAGAGCAGUAGAGAUUAGAUCAGAUGGUGAUCUAAUGAAGCUCUAUACAUUCAUUCAUAUUGAGGGUUUCAGCAGAGAGAAUUUGUCAGUUUACAUUCACAAAUACUUUCCAAAGAAUGAUGAUAAAGCAAAUCAGCUUAUCCAGUUCAUCGGUGGGAAUGAUGUCCUAUCUGAAAACAUGGCUCACUAUCCUAUAUAUGUAGCCAUGCUGUGUCUUAUGUGGAAAGAACUUGACAAGCAAAAACUAAAGAAAAUGAAAUCACUGAAAACUUUUUCUCAGAUAUUCAAAGAAAUGAUUGCCUUUCUAAAAGAACAUUAUGCUCA